CAAAACACCUAAACUCCAUUGGAGCUAAAAUGUAUGGAGCAUUCUGGUGUUCUCACUGCUUAGAGCAAAAAGAGAUGUUUGGAAGAGAAGCGGCAAAACUACUGAAUUACGUGGAAUGUUUUCCCCAAGGCUAUAAGAAAGGAACUAAGAUAUUCAAGGCAUGUUCAGAUGUUGGGAUCGAGGGAUUCCCGACAUGGAUGAUUAAUGGUCAGGUCUUAGGCGGAGAAGUAGAACUCGCUGAACUAGCGGAGAUGUCUGGAUUCAGCCUUGAUCAGAUGAGCCAAAAAUAAAGCUAAUCUUAUCCGCACCUCUAAUGAUGUGACGAGGCGUAACGUAAAGUAACGCUCGCGCGGGAAAAGAGUAAUAAAAAAAGCAGUAGCCGUUAGAUGUAGAGAGAAUGGAGGGGUCAGA